CUCACUCCGUCUCUCUCAAAUUCUCUAUUGAUCCGUGAAGCUACUGAUUUCACCCCCAAAUGCUCUUCAUAGAAGACACUAUCAAUUUGGUAAUCAAAAUUUUCCAUUAUUUUAUAAUUUUCUUGCUUUAAAUUCCCUUUACUUUCAGUGAAUGUAAUGCCACAAUUGUGAUAGAAACUCACUUCUAUUUCACCCCCCAUAUUUUUCUGCAUCAAAUUUGUGCAAUAACCCAUAUGGGGAUGUGAGAAUUAGAAAAAAAAAAAAAAAGAUGAGAUUUUUUACCCUUGGAAUAGUUGUUGCUGCAUAUAGUAGAAACUUGAGCACAAAGGGCUAUUCUUCAAGACCCUUAUAUGGGUUUCACAACAAGUACAAGUACAAGUACAAGAACAAGGACAAGACAUCAUCAGAGAGAAAACAAAUUAAGCCUAUAAUUCAAUGGACAGAGGAGCAAAGGAGCGUGUUGUCUGCUGUAACACAGGGAAGUAGUGUGUUCAUCACAGGUUCAGCUGGGACUGGGAAAACCAAAUUGCUCAGUGAGAUUGUUAAGCUGCUGAAGAAAUUGCACACCCCAUCUAAGGUUUUUGUCACAGCUUCAACUGGGGUUGCAGCAUUUGCUAUAAAGGGGCAAACUUUGCACUCUUUUGCUGGGAUCCGUAAGUCCAGUGAUGAUCCUCAAAACUUUUUGAAAGGGAUUAGGGAUAACAGGAGUGCAACCAGGAGGUGGAAAAAGGUUGAGGCUUUGGUUAUAGAUGAAAUUAGCAUGGUGGAUGCAAGGUUGUUUGAUAACUUAGAGUUUGUUGCAAAAGAGUUGAAGGGUGUGGAUGAAACAUGGGGAGGGAUUCAGCUGGUUGUGGUUGGGGAUUUCUGCCAGUUGCCGCCUAUUCCUGAUCGAAGAGCCAAGGGUGUGAUGUAUGCUUUUGAAGCUGAUUGUUGGAAUGAUAGCUUUGAUUUGCAGAUAGAGAUUACUAAAAUAUUUAGGCAGUCUGAUCCACUGUUUAUCCAGUUGCUUCAGGGCAUAAGGAUGGGGGAGAGUGAUCGUGUUGACUUUUCAUUGCUAGAGAAGUUUUGCUCCAAGACUGAGUGUGAUCCCUCUGCAGUGCAGCUCUUCCCAUUGAAGAAAAUUGUGGAGACAGUGAAUAAGGAGAAGCUUAAAAGCUUGCAAAAGGAUGUUGUUGUUUAUAGAGCUGUUGAUAGCUUUAAGGAUCAAGGUAAGGGCGCUAAGUUGAAAAAAAAGGAUCAGGGUAAGAGUCGUUGGAAGAGGCAGCUUGAGCUAGGGAUAGCACCUGGUGAGAUUGCCAUUUGCGAAGGGGCAAGGGUCAUGCUGGUCAAGAAUUUGCAUACAUGGAAAGGGUUGGUGAAUGGAGCUACUGGUACGGUCAUGAGGUUUGUUGAGGCAGGGAAUGUUGGUGAUAUGUGUUCUGAUAAGCUGCUGCCAGAAGUCAAAUUUGACUCAGGGAAAACUCUGACCAUUAACCCAGAAGAGUGGCAUGUAAUGGAUGGAGAUGAAGUUGUUGCUACAAGAAAACAGAUACCACUUAUACUGUCUUGGGCUCUGAGCAUCCACAAAUGCCAGGGAAUGACCCUAGACAAAGCCAAGAUUGACUUGUCAAAAGCAUUUGGCUGUGGAAUGGUUUAUACUGCACUUUCUCGUGUUAAAAACUUAGGUGAUCUUCAUUUAUCUGGUUUUAAGCCCUCAAAGAUUCUAGCCGACCCUAAGGUUUCACAGUUCUAUAGAAAUCUGGCCUUGCAAUGCAAUAGCAAAGAUCUACACAAUAGUUGUAUUGAGAGUAAAGAUAGCUCUAGUAGCGUAACUGGUGAUUCAGAUAAAGCAGGCUUUGUAGAAACAAAGUGCUAUUUUUCACUCUCUGAAUUCCUAGCAAGACGCCUGAAAAGAUCUUGAAGAUGGCUCUUAAUUUAUGUUCCUUAUCCUUUCAAAAUGUUUACCAUGGAUUUGAAGGGCAAAAACGUUUUUGCCCUUAAAGUGAGAAGAAAGCUUGGCAAUGAUGGACCUUUCAUUCUUCUUGUUCAAAUGAAGGAUAUUAUUAUCUGAUAUUUGUGUGACAAGUAUCAUUGACGUCUUCUUUUGCAAGUAAAUAAAAGUUUUCCAAUUUUCUA